CUGUCCUGCAGAAAAAUAGGAUUGAAAACAAAUCUCUGUUUCUGGAGAAAAUGCCAAAGCAGCCAAGUGUCCAGCCAGACAGCAGCAGGGAGUCACACAGGCUGCCACGCUGCUCCAGGUCCCUACCAGUGCCCACAGCCCAUGGAGGCCCAGCCUUUCCUCCUGCUCUUCGGCCUCUGCUCCGCUGGCCUCGUCCUGGGCUCUGAACAUGAGACCCGUCUGGUGGCAAAGCUAUUUAGCAACUACAGCAGGGUGGUACGGCCGGUGGAGGACCACAGCCACAUAGUGGAGGUCACUGUGGGCCUGCAGCUCAUCCAGCUCAUCAAUGUGGAUGAAGUCAACCAAAUUGUGACAACCAAUGUUCGUCUGAAACAGCAAUGGGUGGAUUGCAACCUAAAAUGGAAUCCAGAUGACUAUGGUGGUGUGAAAAAAAUCCACGUCCCCUCAGAAAAGAUCUGGCGGCCGGACUUUGUUCUGUAUAACAACGCAGAUGGUGACUUCGCCAUUGUCAAAUUCACCAAAGUUCUCCUAGACUACACAGGCCACAUCACAUGGACACCUCCGGCCAUCUUUAAAAGCUACUGUGAGAUCAUCGUCACCCACUUUCCCUUCGACGAGCAGAACUGCAGCAUGAAGCUGGGCACGUGGACCUAUGAUGGCUCCGUGGUGGCCAUCUAUCCCGAAAGUGACCAGCCAGACCUGAGCAACUUCAUGGAGAGCGGAGAGUGGGUGAUCAAGGAGUCCCGGGGCUGGAAGCACUGGGUGUUCUAUUCCUGCUGCCCCAACACCCCCUACCUGGACAUCACCUACCACUUUGUCAUGCAGCGCCUGCCCCUCUACUUCAUCGUCAACGUCAUCAUCCCCUGCCUGCUCUUCUCCUUCUUAACCAGCCUGGUGUUCUACCUGCCCACAGACUCAGGGGAGAAGAUGACACUGAGCAUCUCUGUCUUACUGUCCCUGACUGUGUUCCUGCUGGUCAUUGUGGAGCUGAUCCCUUCCACCUCCAGUGCUGUGCCCUUGAUCGGGAAAUACAUGUUGUUCACCAUGGUGUUCGUCAUCGCGUCCAUCAUCAUCACGGUCAUCGUCAUCAACACCCACCACCGCUCCCCCAGCACGCACGUCAUGCCCGAGUGGGUGCGGAAGGUUUUUAUCUACACGAUUCCAAAUAUAAUGUUUUUCUCCACGAUGAAAAGACCAUCCAGAGACAAACAAGAAAAAAAGAUUUUCACAGAAGACAUCGAUAUUUCUGACAUUUCUGGGAAGCCAGGACCUCCUCCCAUGGGGUUCCACUCCCCGCUGAUCAAACACCCGGAGGUGAAGAGUGCCAUCGAAGGCGUCAAAUACAUCGCAGAGACCAUGAAGUCAGACCAGGAGUCCAAUAACGCGGCCGAGGAGUGGAAGUACGUGGCGAUGGUGAUGGACCACAUUCUCCUCGGAGUCUUCAUGCUGGUCUGUCUCAUCGGAACCCUGGCUGUGUUCGCAGGCCGCCUCAUUGAAUUGAAUCAGCAAGGAUGAGCAGGUGGCCCAGGACCAGCCAGAGCAGACCGAGGCAGGAAGAGGAGGAUCUGCCUGCUUUGAUACACUGUCCUUCACCAAACUCAAUUUUCUGUGCUGAUGAAUGAGGACGAUCUGUGCUUCCCUAAGGUUACAGCCUUGAAGUGUUUUCUUCUUUGUUUGCUUUUUCCUUCCACCCUGCUGUGACUCCCUGGAGAGCGAACCCUUUUUAGUAACUGAAACUGGAUCUUUAAAAAAAGUGUUCUCUUCCAAGUGGCUCUGGGGGAGUCCUGCCCAGGUAACCAAGGUUUCCUGUUGCGCUGUCAUUGCUAACCGCUAAAGCAGUGCCCUGAGCUGAACAGCCAGUUUUAUUCCCACUAGGGAAGCCCACCUAGCAGGCCUCAAAAGGUAAAGCAUUUGCUCUGGGGAGAGAAGAAACAGUAGAAAGGGAGUAAAGUAACCAGGAUGGCCACUAAAAUACAAACAGCAUCAGAAACCCUUGUGUAAAGGAAAUCUCUGGAACUGGGAGGUAGGGAACAUGCUCAGGUGGGUUUAGUUUUUGGAGGGGGAUGCUGAGGAUUGAAUCCAGGGCCUUACGAGGGCUGAGCAUGCACUGUAGUGCUGAUGUGCACCUUUAAUGGGCGCCUGGUUUUGAUCCUCCAGGUUCGAGGGAAAUAGGUCAGAACACUGAGUGUGAGCAUUAGGCACUAUGGGAACCAUCUCACCUAUAUGGUUUUAUUUCACUCUAUCCCAGAGUGUCUCUAUUUCAUGAAUAAGGAAGCUGAAUUCCAGGGAGGUCAAGGGCUUUGGUCAAGCUAAAAGUGGAAACACUGGGCUUUUGGAAGCAGACCUUGAGAUUCCCACUGACUCCGGGUUGAGCUGUCCUCUCACUUGCUCCCCCCGCUCACCCCAGCUUAAGGAGGUGUCUUGGUUACUUUUCUCUCGUUUCUGGGACAAAAUACCUGAUGCCCAAAAUUAAGGAA